AUGGCGCCUUCUCCGAAUGCUAUGGCGAACAGACAUGAGUACUAUAUGCCCGACAAAGAGCGUCACUUUGCGCCGCACGAGGGACUAUUUUCUGUGGCUGACGGGGUCGGUGACGGGGAUGAGGGUAGCCUGGAGAGCGUGGCUGUGGCGGCGGCGUGUGAGGGGAAGGCUGGAGGCGUACAAAGCGGCGCAAAGAAUGAUAUCGCUGUGGACGCCGAGGGAACGUCGUGCGCACGCUUUACGGCCAUCGAGUUGAAGGCGAAGAAGGUGCUUACGGACGAUUCGUCGUCUCCUUUAUGCGAGGAAUGUGCUGUACUUCAGACAGAGAUGAAAACCGAGGGCGCUCGCCAUCGGAGCGUAUCCGAAUGCCAGCCAGAAGUAUUUGCCGCUAUGGACUUCGUCCUCGAUAUGCAGUUUAGGGCGAAGAGGAAGAGGGAUGAAGACGUCAACGGCGACGCGAGCGACGACGAUAUGCCCGGCUUGGAAUGA